AUGGUGAAGGAGUUUGAGAUGACAGACCUUGGAUUAAUGUCAUAUUUUCUUGGCAUUGAAGUACAACAAACAGAAAAAGGUAUCUUUAUUAAUCAGCAAAGAUAUGCAGAUGGAAUUUUUAAGCGUUUCAAGAUGGAUAACUACAAUCCAAUUUUAACUCCAAUAGAAGAGAGAUACUUAACUGCUAGAAGACCAGACAUUAUGUAUGCAGUUGGGUUAGUUAGUAGGUUUAUGGAAUCACCAAGACAAUCACACUUGCAAGCUGCAAAACGUAUUUUGAAAUAUGUUAAGGAAACAAUUAGUUUGGGAAUUCUUUACACAGUUUCAGAAGAUCCAAAGUUAGUUGGAUAUAUAGACAGUGAUUGUGCUGGAGAUACAAAAGGAAGAAAGAGUACUUCAGGUUAUGCAUUCCAUUUGGGAACAUGA